CAACUUGUGGACACUACCGUAGAGAUGGCUCAAAAGGUAGGAAGUGCUGAAAUGAUUGCAAGAAUUGUGGAUGAUCUAAAAGAUGAAAACGAGCAGUACAGAAAAAUGGUGAUGGAGACUGUAGAAAAUAUAGUAGCAUUACAAGGUGCUAACGAGAUCGACUCACGUAUCCUUUAUGCGUUCCAAGAACAAACGCAAGAAGAUGCUGUUAUGCUUGAUGGUUUCGGGACUGUAUGCAAGGGAUUGGGAAGGCGCACAAAGCCCUACCUACCCCAGAUUUGCGGUACUAUAUUAUGGCGUUUGAAUAAUAAAUCCGCUAAGGUUCGACAACAGGCUGCUGAUCUUAUCGCACGGGUAGCUCCAGUGAUGCACAUUUGUGAGGAAGAAAAACUUAUGGGUCACUUGGGUGUUGUGCUGUACGAGUAUCUUGGAGAAGAAUAUCCGGAGGUGCUUGGUUCAAUCUUGGGUGCUUUGAAAUCCAUUUGCAACGUGAUUGGAAUGACGAAGAUGACUCCACCAAUCAAGGAUCUUUUGCCUAGGUUAGAAUUUUAA